CACGCCCUGUCGGUAAAACAGAGCCCCGGCCCCGCCCCCGCCAAGACUUUAAUAGAACUGUCCUCUGAGAGUUUACUCGGUGGUGUUCUUACACUGAGCUCCUCGCUCCCGCUGGCUUCCUCUGGCUGCAAACUAGGCGGAGUCCCGGGUCCGGGUUCCUGUUCCCGCCAUGAGUCUCGCGCGCCCGAGCGCCCCCACAGUGCUGCGUCUCGGCUGUCUGUACCUGCUGCUACUGUGGCCACCAGCCGCACGGGGUGACUGCAGCUCUCCCCCAGAAGUACCUAAUGCCCACCUGGACUUGAGAGGUCUUUCAAGUUUUCCGGUGAAUAGCACAGUAACAUACAGAUGUAAUGAAGGCUUUGUAAAAGUUCCUGGCCAAACAGACUCAGUAAUCUGUCUUGGGAAUGAUCAAUGGUCAGAGAUUUCAGAAUUCUGUAACCGUAGCUGUAACGUUUCACCCCAGCUACAGUUUGCAAUGCUCAAAAAGAUUUAUAGCAGCCAGAAUUAUUUUCCAGUUGGGUCCACUGUGGAAUAUGAGUGCCGUUUGGGGUACAGAAGGGUACCUGGUCGAUCAGGAACACUAACUUGCCUUCAGAAUUUAGAAUGGUCCAAACCAGCUGAGUUUUGUACAAAAAAGUCAUGUACUCAUCCUGGAGAAUUAUCAAAUGGUCAGAUCAAUGUAAAAACUGACUUCUUAUUUGGUGCAACCAUUAACUUCUCAUGUGAUAAAGGCUACAAACUAAUUGGUGCAAAGCAUAGUAUCUGUGUUAUUAUAGGUGAUAAUGUUGGGUGGACUGAACCACUUCCAACUUGCAGAGUAAUUCAUUGUCAAGAACCACCAAAAAUUGAGAAUGGAAGAAUAGUUCGAGGAGACGGCGACUACUAUGUAUAUAAUCAGGCUGUAAUGUACGAAUGUAAUAGAGGCUUUACCCUGAUUGGAGAGGACACUAUUCAUUGUACUGCAAAAGGCGAUGAAGGAGAGUGGAGUGGCCCACCACCUCAGUGCCGAGGAAAGUCUCCACCUGCCACGUUCCGGCCAUCAGUUCCUAAACCUACCACUACAAAUCUUCCAGGUACACCAACUUCUCACAAACCCACCACAGUUCCAGGUACAAAAAUCACACCAACUUCUCGGAACCACUCAAAAGCUCCAGCAACCCAGGGUGAACUUCUUCCCAGGACAACCAUGUUUUCUCCUGCAACAAGUAUAUCUAAAGGAGGACAGAUCCCUUCAGAUUCUUCCACAUUUACAGCUGGAAUUGUUGCUGGUGUUGUAAUAAUUGGUUCCAUAGGUGUAGGCGUGGGACUAUGGAAAUUCAUGGUGAGCAGAUAUUCUGAUGAUUUUAAAAAAUGUACUCUUAGCUUCUUUCCAGUAAAAUUUUAUGCUAAUAUCAGUAUAUAACUGUUAGCUCUAUUGCAUUUUUUGAUAUGCUGACUCUUCAUUGCUUAUAUCUUUAAUUACUAUCCUGGAUGAGUAGACUUGAUAUCUUUUUGCCUCCUCCAUAUUUUCAAGAACACUAACCACAUUUGAAAGGAAAAUGACUUGAAAGCCUAAGUCUCAGUUUGUGAUCCACUAACCAACUCACCCUUUUUUCUACUCAUUAUAAUCUAUCAUAGUAUCUGUGUGUUAUACAGCAGCAAAGAAAGCUAGGAAAAGUCAGCCUUGAACAUGUUGUGAAAUUGCCUAUGAUUGGGCCUUGUGCUGAGUUAUAUUUAUAAAUAGAUGCCAGUGAAGCCCCAAACAGCCCAGUGGUUAGGAAGGCAGGCUCUGGUGUCUGACUGCUCGGUUUGAAUUCUGGGUCUACCAUCAAGGAGCUGUGUGACUAUGAGCAGUUUAACCUCUUCGUGCCUCAGUUUUCUCAUUUGUAAAAUAAGGAAAAUAUAGUACCUACCUCAUGAGGUCGUAGUAAGGCUCAAAUGAGUUGCCACUUCUGAGGUGCUUAGAACAUUAAUUGGCACAUAGUAAGCACCCAGAUGUUAAAACAGCAACACACACACAAAAUCAGUAUUAUUUGAAAUAUAUCAUCUGCACUGAGUCUACCUAUGUUAAGUAUAAAUGUCAUGACUGGCUCUGAUGUAUCCUGUUAACAAACAAAGAUUUAAAUUGGGGCUCUUCUGCUUUGUCGAUAUAAUUACUCAGCAAAGUAAUUGUGGAGUUCAUCCAAACUUCAGUUAUUUCCAGGCUGCCCAUGAGAGUUCAUUGUUUUAUUAAUUAACAAAACUAUCUUUUAAUGCUGUUAUUAAAUUGCCUGUUUUAUUUCUUUGGAUAAUGUGAGCUAUUUACCUUUUUAACUCCUAUCACUCCUUCCUUUCUCCUUAAAUUCCAAUAUUACUUAAGCCUAUUAUAAGCUACAGUAUAUAAAUAUUUUUUAUUCACUAAAUGGGUCAGUCUUUUGGUAAAAUAUUUGACCAUUAGGUCCAGGGGGAGGAGUGGCAGUUAAUCGUUUUUCAGGUAUUUGUUUAAUACCAAUAAAAUACUCAGAUGUGGCCAGGCACGGUGGCUCACGCCUAUAAUCUUAGCACUCUGGGAGGCCGAGGUAGGUGGAUCGCUCAAGGUCA